AUGCAGGUCCUACUAUUCCUGNUNGNACUUCUNUUGNCNUCUGGNGCUGGAGCUGAGAAGAUUAUUGGUGGUGUUGAGGCUAAACCACACUCCCGUCCUUACAUGGCCUAUCUGAAGAUCAUCAAUGACGGAAGUUCGAUGAAGAGGUGUGGUGGGUUUCUCAUAGACCCCCAAUUUGUGAUGACUGCUGCACACUGUAGAGGAAGAGAAAUCAAUGUCACCCUUGGAGUUCAUAACAUAAACAAGAAAGAAUUCACACAGCAGACAAUAAAAGCUGAAAAAGAAAUCAUUCACCCAAUGUUCCAAGAGUCUUCAGGUUUCAAUGACAUCAUGUUACUGAAGCUACAAAACAAAGCUGAGUUGACUCCUGCUGUGAAUGUAAUUCCCCUGCCUAGUCCCUCUGACAUUCUCAAGCCUGGGAAGAUGUGCUGGACAGCUGGAUGGGGGCAAACUGGAGUGAAAGAACCUACCUCAGAUACCCUGAGAGAGGUUGAACUGAAAAUCAUGGAUAAAGAGGCCUGUAAAGUGCACAAGGAUUACAACGAUCAUCUCCAGCUCUGCGUGGGCAGUCCCACAACAUCAAAGUCUAUAUACAAAGGAGACUCUGGGGGACCUCUAGUGUGUGCUGGUAUGGCCUAUGGUAUUGCAUCUUAUGUGAAUUUAAACGAAAAGCCACCUGCAGUCUUCACCCGAAUCUCCGAAUACCUGUCCUGGAUAAAUAAAGUCUUAAAGGGCAAGUAG